AUGACAAAACAACGAUAUGCAAUUGACAUAAGUAGAAGGUUAAUAACCCGACGAAGCUUCACAAAUGCAACAAAAGAUAUAAAAUUUAAUACUUUAAUGAACACAAUAAAAGCUUGCCGGCUGAGACAAGAUGUGAAAAUUGUCACUUUACUCGACAUCCUUGUUUACACUAGACACACAAUGACGCAUGAUGCAGACAACAGACAAACUCUUAUUAAACACAAUAAGAAAUGCUUUCAUUCAUCACCUUUCAAUCUGCAUUGA